CCCCUGACGGCCGGUGCGGGUCAGUGCGGCGCGGGCGGACAGGCCUCUUCGUUAUGGCCACGUUCUUCGGGGAGGUUUUGCCAGUUUUCUCUCGGGCGGUGGACGAUGAGGAUGAGGAGGAGCAGGAGCUGGAGAUCCGGAGGGAAGUUGAGAGCCAGAGAAAGAUAGUUAUUCAGUGGAGUCUGGAGAGCAGAACAUCAACUGAGAGCACUACAGUGCAUAGUUUGCCUUGCUCUACAUUUCUAAUUGCUGUUGGGCAGAAUGCUGUAGGCUUUCUGAACUCCUUUGUCCAAUGCUCAGGGAGCUGGGAAAUAAUUGGAGCUAUUACACUGUGGAACGAGAGAGUUAAAGGCACAGAUACCAAAAACCAGCAGUUUCCCACUGAUUCGUCAUGCCGUCUCUACCGGCUAACAUCCAACCCAACGAUUUUGACCUGCCAUUGUAACUGUUACGUAGCUGAGGAUCAACUCUUUCAGUGGACUGAUAAGAUUUUUGGAAAUAUCCAGAAAAGGAAUCUAAAUGUGAUAGUCUUAUCGAGCGGCUCUGUGACUGAAUAUAAAACACCUACAUCUAUUUCCAACAUCUCUGUACCUUUACUCCGAGCUUUGAAAACCAGUGCAUUCCAGGAGACACCCCACUGUGUUUUACUGGAGCAGCCGAAUGUGAUAUCUGGUCUCCCUGCAUCAGUCCUCAGUUACUGCCAAGUCCAGCAGAUACCCGCUGUCCUCUAUCAUUGCUACAGUGAUGUCACUACAGUAGAUUCUUUGACGAUAGAAGCUUUUCGGCCAGUGCUCGCCUGCAAGAGUCUCAGCUGCUUUGUGAAAGAUACCUCCCGAAGUGCAGAAAUACUGAAACAGCUCAUCGAUGUGAACAAGAUCCAAAGCAACCUGUAUACAUGAGAUUGUAACAAUAUCUGAGCUAUUUUAAAAUUAACAAAAAAAUUGAGAGAUUUCCAAAAAUACUUUGUUUGCUGUAUGUAUUUAGCAAUAUUUUGAAAUGCUUAAGAAUAUUAAACUAUGACAGAAUUGUUUUGGAGUAUAUUGAAUUAAAUAUUUUGUUGGAUUGUG